AACAACACAUCAACAAAGCUGAAAACAAGUGUUUCCUGUUUUGUUUACUGAUAAUUGAAUUUCUACACAAUGUAUAAGAAACCCUGUAUUAAACAAGGUUCCACAGUGAGAAUAAAAUGCUGUUGUGCAUGUUUAAGCAGCGAGCGCCGCCUUCAGUGUGUCCCCUCAGAUCUCAGGAAUAUUUGCAAUGGAAUAUCGUUUUCAGCUAAAGACAAAAUAUGCUAUGAGUGCAGAGCCAUAUUAAAUAAAACAUUGAAAUUUAAAAAGAGAGCUGAAAAAGCAAUGAACAUUUUAUGCAGCUUGCAGCACAAAAAUAUGCCUAGAAAACACCACAUCAGAAAAAGUCUUUCUACUUUAGCUAUUUCUAACACGAAAAACAUGUAUGAUGCAGAGUGUGUAUUUCCCCAAGAAAAAAAUCACAAGCCGUUAAAAUGUGAAAAAGAAUACAAACCUGCACAAGAAAGCAAAAAUAUAAGCAUAGCUACAGUACAAAUAUAUCUAGAGUCCACCGGAGCGACUGAGUCUGAUCCAGCUUUGUUGAAGGUAGAGAAUCAAGACACAACUGAUGUAAAAGAGGAAAUAAUUGCAAUAGAGGAAGGAUGCAAUAAAAGUUAUGAUGAUGAGCACCACCAUCUCGAUUCCGAAGAUUAUUUAACCGAAUGCAUUCUUCCUCUAACCAAACCCACAUCUACAGAUGCAAGAAAACAAUCAGAUUAUUACGUAAAAACCUUCAGUGAGGCAGAAAUGUUGGAUUACAGAGAAGAAAUGAAAAAAGCGAAAACUUACCGAAACAGACACUACAAGUGUGAAAUGUGUAUAACAGGAUGGAAUGAGCGGCACAUGUGGGUGAACCAUAAUGUGUUACACGAUGAGGAAAGUGGUCCUUACUUGUGUCGCCUUUGUCAACAGAGGUUCCCACUGAAGGACGACCGAGACAAACAUGUUGAGACUCACUAUAGAUAUUACGAAUGCCGCCGGUGCGCUUUCCGCCACAAUUUACUGAGAGUGGUCACAGUCCACGUGCAGCGCAGCCACACAGAGCACGAGUGUAAAAUAUGUAACUCUGUAUUUAGGAACUACGACCAAUUAAAACGUCAUGAAUUGGUGCACAGACAAAGAAUACAAUGUAAUCUGUGCGACAAGACACUAGCGUCAGCUAUGUCUUACGGACAACAUAUGAGAAGGCAUAAAGGCCUGGUCCCGCUACACGAGUGCGCUGUGUGUCACAAGCAACUGUCCAGCUCCACCACGCUGAGAUCACAUGUGAAGCUGCAACAUGCUUAUAAUCCUACAGAAGUGGACGAGGGCGCCUACUGCGUGGAGUGUGAGAAACAGUUCAAGUCUAAACAACACUAUGAGACGCACCUCAAGAAGUCGCUGCGACAUGCGGAUGGCAAAUAUGAAUGCGCGUACUGCGGCAAAAGAUGUCCAUCCAAGUAUCGAAUACAAUUGCACAUAGAAAUCAGUCACCUGAAGAUACCGAGAUACGAGUGUGAAACGUGCCAACAGAAGUUCGUGUCUCCGGUGUAUCUGAAGCGGCACGCAGACGCACACGGCGCGCGGCGGGCGGCGGCGCGCAAGCACGUGUGUCAUGUGUGCGGGAAUGGAUUCACGACCGCCAAAACGCUACGUGACCACUUAAACUCUCACUACGGGCUCCGCCCGCACGAGUGCAAUAUCUGCGGAGACACAUUCUCGUACCGCGCGGCGCUGUUCAACCACAACAAGCUGGUCCAUUUGAAACAGCCGCGGACUAAGAGAAAGAAGAAGACUGGCUGAAUUAUGUAUAGCUAAAACCUGAGAUAAAAGUGUACAAAAAAUAUCGUACUUAAUAGGUAUUAUUUAUGUAACUGUAAGACCAGAUUAUUGUAAAAGUGUAGAAAAUAAAAAAGUUCGAUAAUCAAA